AGCAAAAAUAUCAGAUUAACAACCAAAAUUUUAAACCAAAAACAAAAACAAAAUAUUUUUUUUAACAAAAACAGCUAAAAUAUGGUGCAACAACAGCGCUUGGCCAUUUCAAUACCAAAUAUUAACAAUCGCAUGCCGUCCAUGCCCUCCGUCGGCAUCAGCACACCCGGUUCGGUGUCGUCAACCACCUCCUCCACCUACAAUGCCAGCCUGUCGACGUCAAUGGACUCGCCGGCUGCGGAAGUGAACAGCGCUGACAUCGGCCUGUUCGUGGAGACGCCACUGCAGGAGCUGAGCACCAAUACACGCCUACAAUUGUCGCAGCUGCUGAAUUGCCGCAAGAUCUUGCGCUCCGAAGAUGGCUACGAGCGCGAUUGGCGCGGCGUGGCGGAGCUGGCAGAGGUGCGCAGCUUCUGCAGCAGCAACAAUGAUGACCCGAUGCGCGCCGUGCUGCGUGAGUGGUGUUCACAUCGGCCGCAGACAGCGACAUUUGCACGGUUGCAACAGUACCUCGGCAUCAUCGAUCGCUGGGAUGUCAGCGAUGACAUUUACGAGAAUAUGGUUGAGGAUGCUAAAAGGUAUGCCAUAAAAUUGCGACAAAAAUCAUUAAUCGCCAGCGAUACAACAGACGCGACAUCGUCAACGGCAGUGGCGGCCACCUUUUGGUCGAGCCCAACGUCACCGUUCAUACCGGCGAGCAGCAACGGUAUUAAUGGCAACGAUGUCAACAUCAUUGAAAGCGAUCCGAAUAUGACCAUAUUGACACGUGACGAUGUGAUACUCGCCCAAAAAGGACUGCCGCCACAACAGUAUGACGCAUUCGUGCUAUUCGCCGAUGCGGAUAUUGAACAAGCCGCCGAAAUACAAACCAAAUUCGAAGAAAAUGAGAAAUACAAUUUCAAGUUAUGCUUCAAGAAUCGUGAUCUACUCGGUGGCGUACCGUUCACGCACGUUGCAUUGACGCAACUGAUCGAGGAGCGUUGCCGCUACUUACUUGUGAUCUUAACAAAAGAAUUUCUGGAUAGUCCAGAGAAUCAAUUUUUGAUGAAUUACACACACGCGCUGCAAAUACAGAAUAAUUCGCGCAAGAUCAUACCGCUUAUUUAUGAGGAUUCGGUUAUUAUACCACGUGCCUUGAAAAUAUACACACACCUCAAGUACACACCAGUGCCUACUACGCUAUUUGACUUUUGGGCGCGUCUUGGUGACUCAAUACGACGCUCUUACAAUGCCACGGACCCGUCGCCAUUCGGCCUGAAUGAAGUUGACAACGUGCUCGCCGUUAGGCAACUACCAAAUGACACGAGCUAUACAAGCUUACCAACCCCCCACACAACGAGCGUAACCACACCCACCUCACCCAUACCGAGCAUCAAUAUUAACGGACAUGCCUACACACCCGAAGAGGAGGAGGCGGAUGAUGUAUUUCAACAGAAGGAGCAACGUUAUCAUUUCAACAAACGUUCAUCCCUGCGUCAUCACAACAGUGUAUACAGUCACAAUCACAACAACAAUCGCAUUAGUCAAGUCGUCAAUGGUUUGCGAAAUGCACACUCUACUAGUCAGCUAAAUGCUGGCGUUAAUGUUGACAACGCCGUCAGCAUGAGUGAUCUCAGCAUAAGUACGGAGGUGAAGAAGAAGAAGAAGAAACCUAUUAAAGCUGUGCUCAAGCGGGUGUUUAGCCGCAGUAGUCCGAAACUACAACAAACAGCAGAAUAAUAGUAUUGUAUUUUAAUUAAUUGUUUUUUUGUUUUUAUUUUUUGCUUAAUUGUAAAUUGACUUUAAGAUUGUAUUUAUAAAUAUCAGCUAUACGAGUUUAUAUAUAUAUAAUAUUAUUUAGCAAAACCAAUGAAUACGUAACAAAAUGCAAGCGAAAAGAGGAAAAUGUUAUGUUCUAGUGUAUUGUAUGUUAUUUAUGUAUUAAUUUAAUUAUACGAAUCUGGUUUUAUCUUCGCAACUGUGACAUAACAAGCAGCCAACACUCACAAAACAUAAACAAUAUAAAUUUCGUGCGCUUUACACGCUUUCUGCUCUAUACACCCGCUCAAUCAGUUAAAACUCGUAUUUUAUAAAAAAAAAAUUUUUUAAAUGUAAUUGUGCGUUAUUAAUUGUUUUAAUGUACAAUAUAUGUAUAUUUGAUGAUAAUUUUUAAGUCAAUUCUGACUGGCCACCACCUUCUUUAACGCUUUUAAAAUGUUUCAAAUAUACAUUUAAACUUUCCAGUGCUCACUACAUAAUUCCUUAGCAACUUGUUGCAUUUCUUACUUCGCUCACAAAUGCUCAUAUAUACACAAACAUCAAGCGAUCAAUUUGGCACGCGCACUCAUGUACAUAUCUGAUGAUUGAAUUUAUAAGAUUCUUCAAACAUAGCUGCACAAUUCAGUGUCAUUUUAAUGAUUAUUUUAACUGUUAAAUUAACUGUUUCAAUAUUGCAAACAUAUUAGCAAGCCAUAAAGUGCUUUAAAAACCAUUAUUAAGAGUUGUAUUUAUAUAUAUAUGUAUACAUAUUCAUAAAGAAUGUACUAUUUUAAGACAACGAAUAAAGACAAUAUGCAAUCUUAUAAAAAAAAACCC